AUUUCAAAAUGUCAGGCUGCCUUUCGUAGGUAAAUCAAUCAAAUCGUGUUCCUAUUGAGUUUUCGCUUGAAAAACUUAAUUAAAACAGCUUAUAUUUUUUGUGUUAAGGAAGAUUUAUACUCCUUGUAAGAUUUUUAAUACAACGUACGUUUUAAUAGUACGUGCGUAACGCGCGGAAGUUAUCAGAUUUCUUCCACAACCACAACAAAAUGAUUCCUAGCGAGAUUUUUGCUGAAGAUUUGAUGAGUACAGUUAUCCGGUAUGGCUUGUACAUCGGUGCAGCUUUCCAGAUUGUGUGUCUUAUGGCCUGUGUAACUCUAACUGACGAACAGAGCGAGCCACAUCCUUACGAAAAGGCCUACACUGACAGUGAUGAAUGCAGCUCCGAGCAGUCUUCACCAGGACACCGAGCAACCAUGUCUCGAGCUCGUCGCCAUGACAAGAAGAAAAGACGUUAAAUAUAAACUCUAUCAAUGGAACCCACCGAUCUCAAAAUGUGUCUCUAACAGCUAAUUUAUACAUCUUUGUAUUAGAUUAUUGAUCUCUAUUUUAUUUUGAUAUACUUUUAUAAUUUUUUGAGUAGAAAAUCAAGUAACUUUAUUUGAAAUGACAUUGGUACAUUGUAAGCAUAAUUGUUUUGUAUUCUAGGUAUAGUAAUAUAGUUGAUUGAUACAAUAUUUUGGUUACUUAGUUUACUCACAAUUUUUAUUUUUAUAUAAAAUAGAUCUCUGCAUAAUCAUUAUAGUAGACUUCAUUAACAUACUGUGUUUUUAAUAAAGUUAAUAUGUUAAAAAGUGUUAACAAUACUCUAUCAGUAAAAAACAAAAUGUAGUCAGAAUUGACUAUAUUAUGAAUCCACUGAACAAAAUAAAAAUACUCAUACUAAAUCAGUCCUAAAAAUUUAAUAAAAGUAGAAUUAUCGAUUUUGAAUGUAAGUAGAAUGUUGUGUAUUGUAUAAUAGACUAACCGCCAUACUCAAAGUCAUUACUACUUAAAUGCCAGUAUAUAAGCCACAAUAGAAAAUGAGUUGUUUCUCGCCUAGAUCUGCUCAUCUGAUCUUUCAGCUCAUGGGUCAGUAGUUACUUAACAUUGUAGUUUUGUUUUCGGAACAGUCUCAUGAAUAUUUUAAGUAAUAAUAAAAUUAAUGUAUUGGAGUAUGGCAGAUAGUAUUUUAGUGUUUUCGAUAGAUGUAAUUAUUUUUUAAUGGAUUGAAUAGUGAAGGCCCUAAGAGAUAGUAUGCAAUGCAUAAUGGGGGCUGUUUUAUUGCUCGCCGAUUGGCGCAAAUACGGGAAGGGGGUUCGUUGUCCUAUCACAGCAGCUGUCUAAUAUUUAACUAACAAUAAUGUUACACUAGACACUUUUUUUUAUUUAAUGGGCCGACGUUUGACCACUAUCUCGCCUCACCAGGCGUCAUCGCUUAUCACUGUAAGCGAUGACGCGGUCUACGAUGCACGUCGACCCAUAAGCAACCUAUUCAUUCGGGCCUUGAAGACACCCAGAUUAUACCCAUAACUCCUUAUUGGACGAAGAACUAGUCUCAAACUGGCGCCAUCAGGUGAGCAAAAAUACCGUAGGCCCCAUUAAGUCAUUCAAAGUGAAUGAAAAAUUAAAGGAUAAUUGUACUAUUUUAAUUUUUAUGAAAUAAAACAUUUCAAGAUAA